AUGUAUCGCCGGAGGAGGCCCAAUGCCAGCAACCACGGAAUUACAAGCGAAUCCUCUUAUAUCUCUCCCAUCGAUUCCGACAAUGAUAAACCGUUUGAGCCUAAUUCCUCUGAAACCGAUCUCACCGAGCGGGAGUGCUCCCCUCCAGCGGGUCGAACGAUUGCUCGGAAGAAGCCAAGUCCAAAUACUGGAAUAAGAUCGUUACCAGCAGACCUGUCGAACAUAGAACGUGUCCACCAGGCCCGAUACCAAGUCCCAGAUGAUGACACGGAUGAGGACCUGGCCCAAGUGCCGGAGGAUUACGGCCGAUCCAACAAAACAAAGAAGUUGAAACUUCGACUCAAAGAGCGUUGGGCUUGGUUCUGCCAAAUGAAAGCGAUGGAGCCCUCCGUCGAUUCAAAAUGGGAGGAUGCAGAAGAUGCACUGCGUGAGGCGUCUCCAAAUGAGAUGCAUCGGUUUCUAAAUUGGUGCCUCAAGUUGGAGUAUAGUCCCAACGGUCGCCGUCAGAAAGGCUAUACAAAGGCCAGCGCCCUUGAAGCGGAUUGGAAGUAUUUCCGAAUCUACUAUACACGAGUAACCAAACACGAGAUGAGCAAAGAAAUGGGUGAGGCAGUUCGCACGGCAAUGCUUGAUCUUCAGUUCAAGCAUCUACAAAUAUCGCUCCAGCAGGAUCCGUACGGAGGACCUCCGAAGCCGAUGAUAGAACUCGAGCCCCAGUUUGUGAAAAGCGUCCUGGGCAUGUCGAAGCUGUUGGUGGCACCCCAUGCUAUACACCUGCCCACCCCAGGGCUUGGUUACUGCAAUCAAACUGACUGGUCAAUGAUAAUUAGAAACACGUUCGCGCUACCUGAAAUUGUCUACGGUGUAUCACUUGUCUUCAGCCCGCAUGUUUUACUCUUCAUUAUAUUAUUUUAUGUUCAUGCCUUUGAAGCGCCUCACUUAACCUCGAUGGAAGACCUUCGGAGAUUGCUUGUCGAGGGCGGCCGACAGGAAAUGCCACUUCCCUUGAAGAGAGAGACGGAUAAUUACUAUGUUUUCCCGAAGGUUGAGGUGAUCUGUGGCCAGCCCCGCAUUUCGUGGGAGACGCCUAUGAAUGGUAGCACACUCGACGCACAACUCAGGACAUCCAGUGAGAUACACGGCUUCCUUAAUCAUUUCUUCUCUCACCAAUUUCGAUACGGAGGAGGUGAUUUACUAGACAAGAGUGGUUUCGUCAGUGAAGCACAGCGUAAUGUGAUCAUGGCCCACGCCACUAGCAGAACUUUUAUCAAACAUUAUCGUCCCCGUCGGCAUACUGGCUUACAAGAGAUCAUGUGCGGCCUCAAUCCAGACGAAGAGUUCUCAAAAGCUGUGACUCGGAUGAGCCGUUGGAUUGAUCGGCGGCGACCACGAUACCUGAGCGACGCUGACCGGCAAUCAGUGGAGAAAGACCCAGAACUGCAAUCAGCUAUACGCUGGCAAGUUGAUUUAGAGACCCAGUGCGCUGAUCGCUCUCAAAACCCAGAAUUGCGAGCGAUGCUGGAGGACCAGAGGCGACAAGUCCACAAUUUGCGCCGUCGUCUGCAAGACAAACGACGGAAAGCAAAACGCCGCGAUUUCAGUCGGAAACAGGCGGUGAUUGACAUUGAAAGACAGCUCACUGGUGGGGCUGUCAGUGAUGAGCCUGCGCGCGAGGUAUUACGGAAGGAGUUUGAAAUGCCAUCGGAGCAGAUUCUUCUCGUGGAGACGUUCUUUACUUGGCCGACCACCGAUUCAUUAGAAGACGAAUGGAUGCGGCGCAACAAAGCUGUUGAUGCUGGAAUACAAUAUUGCGGCUUUCUGGAGGGUGGGCCCCUUCGGGGACGACGGAAGCGCUCUGCACUGUCCGACAAUGACGAUGCAGGUCCCUCUUCGCCAGCUCGAAGGAUAAAACAUAAUACGCCGCUGAAUACUUCGUGGGGGAAUGAACGUACCACUGGCCGGGAACAGAUCCCGAAUGCAGAGCAAACAUUCGCAUGCUUCCAAUGCCCCAAGACAUACUCCGACUAUAAUGGAGUGAAGAGGCAUUUUAGGACAUCCCAUUUGACGGACCGGACAUGUAAUUUCUGCGAUUUGUCCGUCCUACACGAGAUGCACUUGCGGAGGCAUGCCGGGGAUGUCCAUGGCCUUCGAACAUGA